GGAAUAACCCACUCCAAUGUCUGCCCCAAACUCCAGUGGGACAGAAAGCCUGAAAUCAACUUUCACAGGCUCAGUGCAGUGUGCUCAGUUUCUGCCAGAGGACACAUCUCACUGCUUUCACUCCCAUUCGUCCAAACAAUGUGAGGAACAUGGCUGACAGAAGGUCUGACUGGGUGGAGAUCGUGGAGCCGCGCUCAAGGCAGCGCAUGUAUGUCAACCUGCUGACUGGCGAGUGCGGGUGGGAACCGCUGCCCGGCGCCCCUGUCCGUCAGUCGGACGGCAACCAGUGGUGGGAGCUUUUCGACGGCAAUAACAAUCGGUUCUACUACUACAACUGUACGAGCCAGCAGACGGUCUGGCACAGGCCUCAAAACUGCGACAUAGUGCCUCUAGCGCAACUCCAAGCCUUGAAGAGGAGCUCUGAGGUCGAGAUGAGGGGUCAAGGGAGGAUCCCUAGAGGACCGGCGGAUGGCAAACGGACUCCCGUGCCUGGACUGGUUUCAUCCACACAGUCCUCCUCACUGGAGCAGGAGAGUGGGAGGGAGACGCCCUCGUCCAAUGGCAAAGGGGACAGUUUGGAGAAAAGGAGCCAGGGAAAUAGGGACUUCGCUCAAAGAUGGCAGCCUGCUCCUGGAUCCAAGGCUGCCAUGUUGGUGAAAGUUAACAGCAUUGGAAGAAACCAGUCUCUGGGACCAGCUACUGGACACCACCUUCUCCAUCACAACCCCACCAACACUAGCACUUCACCCAGACCAGGUUACACAGCGCAACUUGACUUAACUGGUUUGUUCAACAAAAUGGCUGUGCCUGGAGACUCCAAGCAGGGUUACCACCUCAAAAAGGGGGAUGCCAACUUCUGUCUGGUUUUGCCCUCUUCUAGCUCUUCCUCGGCGCACCAGCGCUCUGGUGCAGGUACACCCCGCCCCUCUUCCCCUCAAUAUGGAGCUUUACCCUCAGCACCCAUCUAUGAUGAACCUCCACCCAUGGAUCCCCCCAUUUACGAUGAACCCCCAGUGGAAAUGGAAGUAGAAGGUGCGCACCACUUGCGCAGAGGUCCCUACUCCACCAGUCACAGCCUGUCGAGGGGAACCCAGCCUCCUAAACUCCUCCAGUUCCCCCAUUCCAAACAAGUCUGCAGCUCCUCAGCUAGCGAGUACAGUCCGGCCGGCCGGGAGUGCAUCAAACACAUGGUAAAUGUGGAUUCAGCUGUAUCCAAGCACCAGCCCCAGAUGUCUAAUCCUAUCGAGGGUCCUUCAAAUCCAACCAGCCCUCAAAUCCAGCCCCAGUCUCCAGUCUCUGCCCAGAUUAAGAAAGAAAUCUCUCUAGAGAAGAAGCAAUCAUGGAGGCUGUUGGAGCCUCGCCAUAGUCGUCAAAGCAGCCUGGCCUCUCAGGAGUACCCAGGCCCUGUUGCUGUCACAUACCAGGAUUCUGGCUACUCCACUGGACCAUCCCCAAGUCUGCGAAGGAAAAACCGUCGGCGUCCAGCUCUGGGUGCUGGGUCUGGUCGGCCCGGGUCGGUGGGCAGCAGUAGUGAGUUAAACGCAUUGAAUGAAAAGCUAAUGGCAGAAAUGAGGGCGGUGGUGAACCGUUCUAACGCACUUCAUGGCAGCAAGGCCAGUCUGGACACUGAGAUUGGAUCGGAGGCUUCUGGGAGUACCGCCCGCUCACCAGUCAGUUCAUUGAAGAUGGGUGCUAGAGGGUGUGGAUCAAGGGAGGAUGUGACAUCAAGUAACCGAUCACUGUAUAAGGGUGGGGGCAACAACCAUGGUGACGUGCUGCUGUCGCCACUGGUGACAGAUGGGCUCGGAAGCCGGCAAAAGAGGACGUAUGAGAAAGUGGAUUCGCUGGAGAUGAGCGUAACAUCACAGACCAGCUUGUCCUCUCCAGAACCGCCAAGGUCUCCCUCACAGACAGGAACACUGGAAUCCAAAACUCAGCAGGACGUCUCGCCCCAGGAUGACCAUGACAGAGAGGGUCGUGGAACUGCCCACCUCACCUAUAAAAACAACAACAACAAUCCCCCUCCUCCUCAUGCCAGCACGGGUUCGGGUUACCAGUACCCGUACACUACCCUCUGCAAACCUACACCCGACGCCAACAUGGAGGACUGGGCCAGCAAGAACCUUAACCAACACACGCAAGGCCUGUUUCGCCGGCGCGUCUCCAUCGCUAAUAUGCUGUCGUGGAACCGAGGCUCCAUUAAGAAACCCAUGCUGAUCACCAGCGACCGCACUGUCAAGAAGGAAGCCUGCGAGAUGUUCAAGCUGGUCCAGGCCUACAUGGGCGACAGGCCGGCCAGAUUGGACAAACGCCACGUGGCCCUUCAGGUGGUCACGAAGUGCUGGGGGAUGCAAGGGCUGAGGGACGAGCUGUACGUGCAGCUGGUGCGACAGACCACCGAUAACUUGAGUUUGAGGAGCUUGGAGGCAGGCUGGGAGUUGAUGGCCAUCAGCUUAGCGUUCUUCUCGCCUUCACCCAAAUUUAGACGCUAUUUGGAAGGGUACAUCCAACGACACCUUGAACCUAGUAACGAUAAGAAAAUACUUCAGCACAUCAUGGAUCAGCAGGACAUAAAAAACAAGAAGAUUUCCAAGUCCAGAAAAAAGAGGAGACAGAACAAUGAGGAAGAAGAGGAUGAAGGUCUUCCUAUCAGCAUUUACGCCAAGUACUGCUACCGUAAGCUGCAAAAAGUGGCCAUUACUGGGGGCAAGAAGGGUCUGAGGAAGCCCACUCUGGAGGAGCUCGACCACGGCCGGGACGCCAUCGUGACCCCGUCUCUUUUCGGCAGCGCUCUGGAGGAGAUCAUGGAGAGGCAGAGCGAGCUGUUCCCCGACCGGAGACUGCCCUGGGUGCAGGUCCAGCUCUCCCAGUACGUGCUGGCCCUGAGUGGAGCCCAGACCGAGGGCAUCUUCAGAGUUCCUGGGGAUAUUGAUGAGGUGAACGCUCUCAAGCUGCAGGUGGAGCAGUGGAGAAUUCCCGAAAGCCUCUCAGAUCCCAAUGUCCCAGCGUCUCUGCUGAAGUUGUGGUACAGGGAGCUGGAGGAGCCGGUGAUUCCUCAGAGCUUCUAUAAGCAGUGCAUCAGUCACUAUGAAGAUCCCGAUGCAGCCAUCAGUGUGGUUCAGUCCCUCCCAGAGCUCAACAGACUCGUGCUCUGCUACUUCAUCAACUUCUUACAGGUCUUCGCUCAGCCGGUGAAUGUGAGCAGGACUAAGAUGGAUGUGAACAACCUGGCGAUGGUCAUGGCUCCAAACUGCCUGCGCUGUCAGUCUGACGAUCCUCGAAUCAUCUUUGAAAACACGCGGAAAGAGAUGUCCUUCCUCCGCAUACUCAUCGUCCACUUGGACACCAGCUUCAUCAAGGGCUUAAUCUGACAGUCACGUUUUAUUCACUAUUUUGUGGCAUUGCUCAGAAUUGAGUGAAUCGUCCGGGAGAUGUCAGGACGUUCUCCUGCUCAGAGAUCGUUCUCCUCUUCAAACAUCACAAUAUUAGUUCGGACAAUGGCUA